AGGGACGCUGUUACUUCCUUGCUGGAAAUGUCGAAUGAGGAACAAGAAUGUCCCGCGGUUUCCGCCCCUGGCUCCAUUUUUGAAUCCCAAGUAGCUUUUGUGAGGUGUGUGACAGCUGGCUUCCGUCGGUGUCACCUAUUCUGACGGCAGGCCCCUCCGAGAGGACCUCUGCACGCGUCCGGAGCAGGACAUGGACCAAGGUAUAGAAACUUCUGUACAUAACCACAAUCAAGAAUGAGUGCCUGGAUGUUCAAUUCAUUCUUCCUCUAUUAUAAUCCUUCAUACAAGUCAGAGAUUGCUUCCACAUACCAGAAAACACAUGAAGAAAAUAUUGAAGAGGACUACCAGAGUCUCAAGAGAAAUCUGGGAUUCCAGUAAAUAUUGAGGAUGUGGAAGUGAACUUCACCUCAGAGGAGUGGGCUGUGUUGGAUUCAAGUCGAAAGAAGCUCUACAGAGAUGUGAUGAAGGAAACAUUUUUGAACCUGAUCUCCAUAGAAAAAGCACUAGAAGAAUAUUUUGAAGAGGACUCUAAAGAUCUCAACAGGAAUAUGGGAAUUCAGAGGAUUGAGAAAGACCAUGGAUAUGAAUGUCAUACUGAGUGUGAUAAAAACCAGCAAACUAUUCCUGAGAUUAUAAUCAAUAAAGACACGCCAUCCAGAGUAAGAGCUCAUGAGACUCCAUUACAUGAGCCAGUAAAAUUUGAGGAUGUGGCAGUGAACUUCACCUCGGAAGAGUGGGCAGUGCUGGAUUCUAGUCAAAAGAAGCUCUACAGAGAUGUGAUGAAAGAAACAUAUUUGAACCUGAUCUCCAUAGAAAAAGCACUAGAGGAAAAUAUUGAAGAAGACUAUAAAGAUCUCAGCAGGAAUAUGGGAUUUCAGGGGAUUGAGAAAGACCAUGGAUAUGAAUGUUAUACUGAGUGUGAUAAAAACCAGCAAUCUAUUCUAGAGAGUAUGAUCAAUAAAGACAUGCCACCCAGAGUAAAAGCUCAUGAGACUUCAUUUUAUGUAAGAAACAUUAUUGGUCAUUUAUCCUUACAUGGGUAUCUCCGAAAAAAUACUAGAGGAAAACCACCACUGUUUAAGGAAGCUGUGGCAAAAGCUUUUACACAUCAGAAACAUUGGAAAGAUAGCAGUUAUUCUGAAUCACUUCAAGUACUUGAAGCUUCUCCUGAAGAGAAACCCAGUAAAAUUCAACAGUGUAAUGAAGCCUGUAGGAGUCUCUGUUUUGAUCAGCCUCAGGAGAGAAGUCAUACUGAAAAUAAACCCAAUGAGAAUGUCUUAAUGAGAUGCACAUAUGACCAGAAUGAUGAAGGAACCCAUAAAGAAGUGAAACAAUUCAUAUGUAAUCUCACUGAAGAAUCCUUCAUUGAUUCCAGCGAUCUUACCAACCAUGAAAAAAGUCAUAUUGAAAAGAAAUGGUACAUUUGUAGGGAAUGUGGCAAAACAUUUAAAUAUGCAGCAUGUUUUGAGAAACAUAAAGUAACUCACAUAGGAGAGAAGCCAAAUGCUUCUAUAUAUUAUGGAAAAGCCUUCACCCAAUUCAAUCAUCAUAACAGUCAUGAAAGCAGUUACAAUGGACAAAAACCUUAUGCUUGCAAGCACUGUGGAAAAAAAUUCACCAGUUCUUCUUAUCGAAACAUUCAUGAAAGAAUUCACACUGGAGAGAAAUCUUAUCCAUGUAAGCAUUGUGGGAAAGCCUUCAACCACCCCAGUAGUCGUAACAGACAUGAGAGGAGCCACACUGCAAAGAAACCUUAUGCCUGCAGUCAUUGUGGAAAAAUGUUUACCAGUUCUUCUUAUAGAAACAUUCAUGAAAGAAUGCACACUGUAGAGAAACCUUAUGCAUGUAAGCAUUGUGGGAAAGCGUUCACCAAUUCCAAUGCUUGUAGCAUUCAUGAAAGAAUGCACAUGGCAGAGAGGCAUUAUACAUGCAAGUAUUGUGGAAAAACCUUUUCCUGUCCCAGUCUUCUGAAUACCCAUGAGAUAAUUCACACUGGAAAAAAGCCUUAUGUAUGUAAGUAUUGUGGAAAAGCCUUCAACCACCCCAGUAGUCGUAACAGACAUGAGAGGAGCCACACUGCAGAGAAAAUUUAUGCCUGCAAGCAUUGUGGAAAAAAGUUCACCAGUUCUACUUAUCAAAACAUUCAUGAAAGAAUUCACACUGGAGAGAAACCUUAUGCAUGUAAGUAUUGUGGAAAAACAUUCACCAAUUCCAAUACUUGUAGUAUUCAUGAAAGAAUGCACACGGCAGAGAGGCAUUAUACAUGCAAGUAUUGUGGAAAAGCCUUUUCCUGUCCCAGUCUUCUGAAUACACAUGAAAUAAUUCACACUGGAGAAAAGCCUUAUGCAUGUAAGCAUUGUGGAACAGCCUUCAACAAUCCCAGUAGUCGUAACAGACAUGAGAGGAGCCACACUGCAGAGAAACCUUAUGCCUGCAAGCAUUGUGGAAAAAAGUUCACCAGUUCUACUUAUCGAAACAUUCAUGAAAGAAUUCACACUGGAGAGAAACCUUAUGCAUGUAAGUAUUGUGGAAAAGCCUUCACCAAUUCCAAUGCUUGUAGAAUUCAUGAAAGAAUGCACAGGGUUGAGAGUCAAUAUACAUGCACGCAUUGUGGAAAAGCCUUUUCUUGUCUCAGUCUUCUUAAUAUCCAUGAAAUAAUUCACACUGGAAAAAAGCCUUAUGUAUGUAAGCAUUGUGGAAAAGCCUUCAACCACCCCAGUAGUCGUAGCAGGCAUGAGAGGAACCACACUGCAGAGAAACCUUAUGCAUGAGCAUUGUGGAAAAAUCUUCAACAACCCAGUAGGUGUAACAGAUAUGAAAAGAGCCACACUACAGAGAAGCAUUGGACUUAUAUAUGCAUGCAUUGUGGGAAAACCUUUUUCUGGCGUAGUCAUCUGAACAUCCAUGAAAUAAUUCAUCCUGGAGAAAAAGCCUUAUGUAAGUAAGCAUUGUGGAAAUUCAUUCAACAACCCCAAUAGUUAUAACAGACAUGGCAAGAGUCACACUGCAUAGAAACCUUGUUCGUAUAGGUAUUGUGGAAAAAGCCUUCACCAAUUUCACUUUCUGUAAGACUCAUGAAAAGAGUUCACAUUAAAGAGAAGUCUCAUACAUUAAAGCAUUGUGGAAAAGCAUUUAUCCACUCCAUUCAGCUGAUCAUGCAUGAAAGGGUUCAAAUUAGAGAGAAGGCUUUUGCAUGUAUACAUUACAGGAAAACUUUGAACACUUCAACUUCUCCUGAUUUGCAUGAAAAAAAACAAACUUGAGAAAAACCCUGUGUGUGUAAAAGAUGUGGAAACUGUUCAUUCUAUUGACCUUAACAGGCAUAAAAUAUUUCACUUGAAAUUAAAGCUUUAUGCACAUAAGAAUUGUGGAAAAGCCUUCAGCUGCUCUUGUGAUCAUAACAGAUCUGAAACUUUUCACACUAGUCAGUAGCCUAAUGCGUGUAACCAUUGUCAGAAAGCCUUUACUAGAUUCACUUGGUCCAAGAGUAAAAACAUUCACACUGGAUAGAAACCUUUUGUAUGUACGCAUGGUAUAUGAACUAUUUCUUUAUUCUUGUGAUUUUAACAAGCAUAAAGAUCUCACACAUUGUCUGUAAUGUGGGAAAGUCUUCAGCACAUCCAGCUUCUGAAACCCGCAUGCACAGGUUUACAGUGGAAAGAAUUCUAAAGCAUAGAUCCAUUUAAGUAUUGUCCAAAGCCUUCAGAGUUCCUGCUGCCAUUCUAAAGAAUUCACUCUGGAGACAGACUUUACAUGUAUAACCAUGUGGAAAAUCUUUUAGCAUCCACAGUUCCUAUUAUACUCAAUAAAUUUUUCACUUUGUGAGAACCUUUAUGUUUAGAAUAAAUGUGGGAAAAUAGUCAAAGGGUUUAGAAUGAAUAAAACUUAAAAGUGUUUGUCCUCUUUGGUAGCGUGUUCCGGAUAUUCUGUGAUUUACAUCAGCUAGUCAUGAUUCUUCCCAGUAAAUGUGAUUAUGUGCAUUGCCUUCCUGGAUCUUACAUGGUGGAAAUAAUGUAUCAUUUUCUGAAGCUGUCUUCUAACAAUCACAUGUACACUUACUAUUGAACACACACACACACAUACACAUAUGUGUGCACACACAAACACAGAGAGACACACAAAUGAGUAAAAAGUAACAUAUUCAGCCGGACGGUGGUGGCGCACACCUUUAAUCCCAGCACUUGGGAGGCAGAAGC